AUGGAAGGAAUCAUCGUCGCGUCAAAGCAUAUGCGUGAACAGUAUGCGAAGUCAUACUUUUAUGACGUUGCCUUCAGGGGAACAAGCAUGGACUUGGUGCUCGACUUAACUGCAUUUAUGCAUGCAAAGCAUCACCAGGCCACGACCAGCACCAUCGUUCUCCCUGCCAUAAAGCACGUAGCAAUCGAGAUCGAAGACGACGAAACAUCCCCCGGCCCACACGCUGCGUUUGUGCUCCCUCGCCUUAUCGCCAGCUCCUUGGGGGCCAUGAGAAACCUCCAGGGCAUUCAGCUGGAUUUCUGGUGGUUCUCUGACUUCCAGCGCCAGGAGCUGCGCGAUAGGUGCACGAGACUGCCUGUCUGGAAUGGCCUCCGAUCAAUCCAGAUGGAGGACGAGGCCGACACCGAGCUUCUGGCUAUCCUGGUCAGCAAGACUCGUCCAGAGUCCUUCAGCGGACUGCAGUUCGGGGGCCAGCUCGAACUGCAGGCUGCCAGGCAGUGUGCGCCCUUUCUUCGACGACUGGUCGUGCCUUUCAGACUCCCGGCGUCCAAGAACGUUGGUGGCCGUGCCAGAGCGGCCGGCUUUGUGUCGAACCAGACGGGGGUGUUAACCCAAUUUGGGCGGAUGGAGUGGUUGGUUCUGGCACCGACCCAGGUAAAGCCAGCGGCGUUUAAUGUGGUCCACGAGGAUCCAAAGUUGUUCGUCAAGGUGCUUGUCAAGGAGUUGUCGAGGUUGAUAUACCUCGAACGGCUGGGGUUGGUGUUCCCUAGGUCCAUCCUCGUGGAACAUCAACCCGGGGUCCCGGGGACUGGCACGGGUCUGCCAGCUGUCGAACACUAUGUUCGGCAGUGGAACGAGAAGAUCUUAGCCUCGAUCCCUGCCCUCCAGCAGGUGGCCUUUAUCCAUGGAGACAUUGUGUUGAGGGCAGUAAGGGAGGCGGAUACCACCAUUCGUUUCUCUAUCGAGACCGAUUUGGACCGGCAUGCGUUUCCCUUUGGGAUUCUCUACUGA